UGCAGCAGAAGGGGGGGGGUGUCUUCCAAGAGGCAGACCAAGAAAGGGCUCUUUCUGGUGAAGGCCAUGGCGAGCGGGGUUAUCAAAUGCAAGGCAGCUGUUGCCUGGGAAGCUGGCAAGCCUCUGUCCAUUGAGGAGGUCGAAGUUGCACCACCAAAAGCUCAUGAAGUCCGCGUCAGGAUCAUUGCCACUGCUGUGUGCCAUACUGAUGCCUAUACUCUGAGUGGUGCCGAUCCAGAAGGAAGUUUCCCUGUCAUCCUGGGCCAUGAAGGAGCCGGCAUUGUAGAGAGCGUUGGGGAAGGAGUGACUAAAUUUAAAGCAGGAGACACCGUUAUCCCUCUGUAUAUCCCUCAGUGUGGAGAAUGCAAGUUUUGUUUAAAUCCUAAAACCAAUCUCUGCCAGAAAAUAAGAGUCACCCAAGGAAAAGGAGUGAUGCCGGAUGGCACUACUCGCUUCAUGUGCAAAGGGAAGCAAGUUCUACACUUCAUGGGGACAAGCACUUUCUCAGAGUACACGGUUGUUGCUGACAUCUCCCUGGCUAAAAUUGAUGCUUCAGCUCCCUUGGAUAAAGUCUGCCUGCUGGGAUGUGGAGUUUCUACAGGAUAUGGAGCAGCCUUGAACACUGCCAAGGUGGAACCAGGCUCUACUUGUGCCGUCUUUGGCUUGGGUGGUGUUGGGCUUGCUGUCAUAAUGGGCUGCAAAGUGGCAGGUGCCUCCAGGAUCAUUGGGAUUGAUCUCAACAAAGACAAGUUUUCAAAAGCAAAGGAAUUCGGAGCUACAGAAUGCAUCAGCCCUGAGGACUCCAAGAAGCCUAUUCAAGAAGUCCUGGUUGAGAUGACAGAUGGAGGAGUAGAUUACUCAUUUGAAUGCAUUGGUAAUGUUCAUGUCAUGAGAGCUGCCUUAGAAGCUUGUCACAAAGGUUGGGGAGUCAGUGUGAUUGUUGGGGUUGCAGCUGCUGGUCAAGAAAUUGCCACCCGCCCGUUCCAGCUGGUCACUGGCCGAACAUGGAAAGGGACUGCCUUUGGAGGUUGGAAGAGUGUAGAAAGCGUUCCAAAAUUGGUAGCAGAAUACAUGUCCAAAAAGAUGAAAGUGGAUGAAUUUGUGACUCAGAACUUAUCUUUUGAGAAAAUCAAUGAGGCCUUUGAACUCAUGCAUGCUGGAAAGAGCAUCCGAACUGUUCUAAAGUUUUAAGAAGCUGGAAGAAGGAACUCUUUUUACUGCAGGAGUAAAACAUUACAGUUACCCAAUAUGCCUUACUUUAGGAAACAUGAGGAAACGCUUGUUCAAAUUGAAUUAGACCUACUCUGACAAUGUAGAUUUAAAAAAAUACUGAUCUCCAUAUUGGAAUGGUAGUACUAGUACCAGCGACUGAUUUUGAAUGGAUCAAGUAUCUUACUAUUUCCUAUCUUACUGCUGUCCCCAAGGACUAGCAACGUAACUGUACAUUGAACCCACUUAAAAUCAAUGGUGUUACCUUUUCUUCUAGAAGAUUUUGCAAUGAAAAAAGUUGUCUUUCAGAGAGAAUCAUGAUUAAAGCAUCACUUUCCUAUGUA